CGUCGGGCCACUCGCGGUCUCGUCCGCAUCCCGCUGCCCGCUGCCUCGAUGACAACUUCCCAGGCCGGACGGGUCAGGCGAGUCAUUCUGGCACCUGUGUGUACACAGAGCUGCUGUGUGUAGUACUACCAGAACCCUCUCCUUGAAGGAGCUGGCCUUGAGAGUGACUGUGGUGGGCAGCCGCCCAGACCGCGCACCCCCGCUGAGGCCACAUAACUUCUAACCUGGAUGGGCCAGGACUGGAGGGCUGCUCUUCAAAGGAACCCUUUGAAGUGCAAACAUUUCCUUUCCUGAAAAGAAGGGAAAUGGAAAUGAAAACGUAUUGUUCUGUGUAGACAAUGUUCUUUUGGAUCAAAGAGGGAGUGGGACUUAUAAAGGGAGAGUCACAAAUGAGACCUUAAUGUGGCAGGUGAAGGUGUGACUAUGUUGAUGUCCACUACCCGGGGGUGUCCAGGAUCUGUUAUUGGUAAGAUUGCAUCUUCCUCCUUUGCCCCCUUAAAUUGCUAAAUCUGUGUCUACUAUAUGAUAUCUAACACAUUAUAUUUAACUGUGUUUGGCUUCCCUUUUCUGUUUUGUGGUAAGCAAUUAGAAAGAUCUUUUGGGAAAUCAUAACUCCAUCCACCAUAGGACAUGUGAUCAUAUGGGGAAAACUUUACUGUUAAAAUUGAAAAACUGGGGCCUCCCCUGGUGGCGCAGGUGGUUGAGCGCCACACUGUGAAGCUGUCCGCAGCCUCUGCAGCGCCAGUUCGAUCCCAGCCAGCCAGCGAGGGGCCCGCACAUCGUGGCAGACCUCUCCUGUCUCGCCCGCUGCUCCCCUCAGCAGUGUAUUUCGUCACUCUGUCUGUUCUGUUCCCCGCUCUGUCUCUGGUGAAUCCUCUCACCCUCCCACGCAUCUGGCCUGUACCCCGGUUCUUGUGUAAAUGAAUAAAUAAAUCUUUAAAAAAAAAAAACCUGAAAACCUGUAUGCAGCUUUGAUAUUCAGUGUUACUCGAAUGAAAUAUCUGUAUUUGCACAGAAAGAAAACACUGAAAACUGCACAUUGUUUCCUUUAUUGCUGUAUUUGCAGCACCAGAGUGAAGAGUAAAUAUUUUGUUGAAUGAAUGUUUUUAUAAUUAGUAAAAGAAUAUUUUAAAGGAGGGAUGUCAUUGUCCUGAAUAUAACAUUUUGGCAGGUGGAAAGAACAAUAUGUUAUUUAUUGUUCUUUGUGGCAUUUUUAACUUGGAGUUUCUUUUGCACUUUGAUACAAACGUGUCAUAUUUUGUACUUUGGUACAAAUGAUACCAUGAACUAGUGACUUUGCCAUUUCUAAUUUUGGAGUAAUCUGGUCUUGUUAAAAUUAGUAUUAGGAUAUUAAGAAGUUUUUCCCAAGUUGAUUAUUCACAGAUGGAGUAAAAUCACAAUGACUUACAUGCUCUGUAGCUCAUGUACCAUUGGAACAAUCUGUCCUGAGAGGUUUUGCCUGAUUUGCACAGGAUAUCUCAUCUUUGGGCAUCCAUACCACCAAGACAUACUGACUGGGCUGUACAUCUUCCUGAUUUUAGUUUACAAAGUUCUUUGAAAACACAGCAUCUCAGUCUUACCUGCCCUAUAAGCUGGUAUUGUGACAUUGUGGAGAAAGAAUGAAUUUUACAGCCACCUUUACUUCUCCCUGGUGGUAUCAUUUCUUUCUUAUUUCAGAAGGCUGCAGACACUUAGGUUUCAAAAACGGAUAGGCAGCCUCUUCGCUGUGCUGUCUGCACAGGACCCUGGAAGCUCCCUCCUUGGGAGAGCUUUCUUCGGACAUGUGUGGAGUAGGGUUACUGGUGUCCACAUGCUAACUCUCCCAAGGGGGGCAGGGGCUCUCAGAUGUCUUUGGCUGCAGUCUAUAAUGAGAAAUAAAUUUACACUGUGAUCAGAUACACACUGGGCAUAUUUAUUGUAUUUAUACAUAUGUCACCUCACUUUAAAGUUCGCUGGACUAAGAGAUGGGGUAAUUCUUUGUCUAAACAGGUUUGGACACAGGCAGUGAGGGAUGAGCAGGUAGAGGUUUCUUUUUGUGGUGAUUUGAAGGUUUCUGACUGAAAUGAACAUUUGUGAUAUUCCCACAGUGGCAGAUAAGGAGUAUAAGGUAAGGCCUGUGUGUGUGCUUCUGGUAUGGCUUGUUGCUUAUGCAAACUGGGGUAGGACUGUCCUCAGCUGACCUCACACACUGGUAUUUUGAAGGUGGCCUGACCAGUCUGUGUGUGUUUUUUUCAGAGAUGGUCCACACAUUUGUUAACUUUAAUGCUUGGACUUUUAAAAAAUUUUAUUUUGCUUGUGUGAUGUGAGGAAGAACCUACCUGAAAGAUGAUGUGCUUUCUUUUUUCAGAAUUUGUGGGAAGAGGGAGAAAAGAUACUCUUAGAGAAAUAUUUUUGGACUUCCAAGUCUGAUGGAUUAAAAUUCAACAGAAUACUGAAAAUAUAGAAUUAGCAAUAGCAGUCAUACCAUUAAAUUGUCCUCUUUGAGGAGGUUGAAUGGAUUUUACAUACAUUUAAACCUUGCUUGAUUAGUGUUUGAAUUUUUUGGGGGGCUUAGAAAAUAAGUAUUCUCCAACAAAUCAGUGUAUAUAAUUAAAUCAAAGGAAUUGACCCUACCAAACAAGAACUUAAUGGCAUAACAGAACUUGAACAACAUAAAUUGCCUAGUUUAUUGAAACUGUACAGAUAUGUCUUCAUUUUUACAUACUACUUUUAUUUGCUAUGCUUCUCAAUAAAAAAAUUAUUGUAAGAAUUCAGAGUACUUUAAGUCCUUUAAAAAUUCAUCUGUAAGUGACAAAUAUUACCAGUUGUUAGUACUUUGGAGUACUACUCAUGAACUUGAUUUUAUGCUGUUGUAUCUGUUGAUAUUACGUGAAAUAGGAGAUACUCUGUAUAAAUCUGUAACCUUGAUUUUUUUUUAACAAUUGCUUUUUUGUUUUUAACUUUUGCUGGAAGAGAGUCCUUUUCCAUUUGCUUUCUCCUGAGAGUGAGCCCGACAAUUCCAGCAUCAAGAGGAGGUGUGGGGCAGAACAUUCAUUAAUCUGUAUUGAACUGGAAAGAACAUACUGCUAGUCUCAGAGUUGGAUACAGCAGAAUUUUGGAAAAUUUUCAGAUGUAAUUUGCAUUAGAAUUCAGGCCUAGUUACUGAAAAGACUCAGGUCUACACUCUGGUGAAUCAAGGUAUACUUCUGAUUCCUGCCUCAGAUAAUCUUCAGCUGACAAACCAGGAGCAAAGAACAUCAGCUAUUGUGGAGCCAGUAGCUGUCAUCCUGCCCCCCCCUAGGAUGUCUUUCUUCAUGACUCAGACAAUACUUCGGUGCUAAGACAAGGAGUCCUGACCCAUUGCAGAAUUUACCUCUUGAAGACUCGGUUGGCCCCUGCAGCCCAAAUUAACUUGCACUUCCUCAGUCCCAAAGAAAGUUCCAAUUAUCUCAAAGGCAGUGAGUGGUCCAGCAGCUGGAGAUUGGAAAAGCAAAAUGGGGUGUAAAGUACUACUCAACAUUGGCCAGCAGAUGUUGCGGCGGAAGGUGGUGGACUGCAGCCGUGAAGAGAGCCGGCUCUCUCGAUGCUUGAACACUUUCGACCUGGUGGCGCUCGGGGUGGGCAGCACGCUGGGCGCUGGUGUCUAUGUCCUGGCUGGAGCAGUGGCCCGAGUGGAUGCUGGCCCCGCCAUUGUCAUCUCCUUCCUGAUCGCCGCGCUGGCUUCUGUGCUGGCGGGCCUCUGCUACGGCGAGUUUGGCGCUCGGGUCCCCAAGACGGGUUCAGCCUACCUCUACAGCUAUGUCACCGUCGGGGAGCUCUGGGCCUUCAUCACCGGCUGGAACUUAAUCCUCUCCUAUAUCAUCGGUACUUCAAGCGUUGCGAGGGCCUGGAGCGCCACAUUUGACGAGCUGAUAGGCAAACCCAUAGGGGAGUUCUCAAAGACACACAUGGCUCUGCAUGCGCCUGGGGUGCUGGCUGAAAACCCAGACAUAUUUGCCGUGAUUAUAAUUCUUAUCUUAACAGGACUUUUAACUCUUGGUGUGAAAGAGUCGGCCAUGGUCAACAAAGUAUUCACUUGUGUGAAUGUUCUGGUUCUGGGCUUCAUAAUGGUAUCAGGAUUUGUGAAGGGAUCGAUUAAAAACUGGCAGCUCACGGAGGAGGAUUUCCGGAACUACUCCGGACAUAUCUGCUUCAACAAUAACACUAAAUUUGGUAACGGUGGAUUCAUGCCCUUUGGAUUCUCUGGUGUCCUGUCAGGGGCAGCGACCUGCUUCUAUGCCUUUGUGGGCUUUGACUGCAUCGCCACAACAGGUGAAGAAGUCAAGAACCCCCAGAAGGCAAUCCCUGUGGGGAUCGUGGCAUCCCUCUUGAUUUGCUUCAUCGCUUACUUUGGGGUGUCGGCCGCCCUCACGCUCAUGAUGCCGUACUUCUGCCUGGACAAGAACAGCCCCCUUCCGGAUGCCUUCAAGCACGUGGGCUGGGAAGGCGCUAAGUAUGCGGUGGCUGUCGGCUCUCUCUGCGCGCUUUCUACCAGUCUUUUGGGUUCUAUGUUUCCCAUGCCUCGGGUGAUCUAUGCCAUGGCUGAAGAUGGACUGCUGUUUAAAUUUUUAGCCAAAAUCAAUGAGAGGACAAAAACACCAAUAAUCGCCACAUUGACCUCCGGUGCCAUUGCUGCUGUGAUGGCCUUCCUCUUUGACCUGAAGGACCUGGUGGACCUCAUGUCCAUUGGCACUCUCCUGGCUUACUCCUUGGUGGCUGCUUGUGUGUUGGUCUUACGGUAUCAGCCAGAGCAGCCUAGUCUGGUAUACCAGAUGGCCAGAACUAUGGAUGAGCUAGAUCAAGUAGACCAGAAUGAACUGGUGAGCACCAGUGAUUCCCAGACAGGCUUUUUACCAGAAGCAGAGCAAUUUUCUUUUAAAACCAUGCUUUCACCCAAAAACAUGGAACCUUCUAAAUUCUCUGGGCUAAUUGUGAACAUUUCAACCAGUCUCAUAGCAUUGUUUAUCGUCACCUUCUGUAUUGUGGCUGUACUUGGAAAGGAGGCUCUGAUAAAAGCGGAGUUGUGGGCCAUCUUCAUGCUCACGGGAUCUGCGCUCCUCUGCUUUGUGGUCACGGCCAUCAUCUGGAGGCAGCCUGAGAGCAAGACCAAGCUGUCGUUCAAGGUGCCCUUUUUGCCAGUGCUUCCCAUCCUAAGCAUCUUUGUGAACGUCUAUCUUAUGAUGCAGCUGGACCAAGGCACGUGGAUUCGGUUUGCGGUGUGGAUGCUGAUAGGCUUCAUCAUCUACUUUGGCUAUGGUCUGCGGCACAGCGUGGAGGCGUCCCUGGCUGCUGGCCAAGCAAGGACUCCUGACGGCAAUUUGGACCACUGCAAAUGACACAGAGCCCCAACCCCCAGAAGUGGCAGCAGCCCUGAGGAACGCCCCAGGGGGACAUGGAAGCACCUUUCUCUCCACCAGUGCAGCAGGAGCUACCCACAUCCACAGAGCCCCGAUGCAGCAGAAGGUGCAACCACAUGAACUGCAGCCUCAGCCCCCGGUUCACAUGUCCUGCCCAGACUCACUCUGCGGGGUCUCACAGGCUCCGGCCACCUCUGACAGCUCCCUGGCUAGGACUGUGACAGGCCACUGUAUCUCCAACUUCCCUUUAAACCACGAAAGCAGCUCUGCCCCUCUCCUCGCCAGGUCAAUGCCUCACUACCCAGCUGAGGCCUCAGGUAGAAAGGAGGUCACCUUCUUUUCUUACCUUGGGAGUCCUGACUUCCUCCCCUGGGACUGUUCGAGUACUGGAAAUGUGCAUACUCCACACUUAAUGUAGCCCUCACUACACUUAGCCCCAAACAGCCGACGCUAGAUGAGUACCAUGAAACAAGUCUAUUUCCAGAAGUUCUACCCAGAGCCAAAGGACAGCAGUUUACUUAAAAAAGGAAAACAAAACCAGUUUUCUUCUCUCUUGCCCUCUGAGUUGUCAGGGGUUGUUAGAAUUGUCACCCCCAACUCUUCUUCCCUUUUCAGGCAGGACCUUUGCUCCGUGGCCGUGACAGGCCCCAGCACACGCUGGCAGCAGGACUGAGGAAGAGGGGCGUGCUCUGUGGGGGCCAGCCUGAUGGCCCGGGGAGGCUGGCUCUGAGCUGUGUGUGCCUGUGGCCCCUGCUGCCGAGUUGCCUCCUGACCCUCCGGGUCUUGCUGCUUCUGGCCUCUCACUACUGCUGUGUCCUGCCUAACUGGAACAUGAUGGCAUGUUUAUGAAGGACCAGCCUCGCAAUAGUAGGGCUUAGAAUCCUCUUCUCUCAGUUUUUCUCCUUCGUUAAAUUUUGCCUUCUGAUGCUUGUGGGUCAGGUUCUUGGGUCUUCUAAGAUUUCAGGGCAUAAUGGCUGGUCCUCAUGGUCACUCUGACCCAUGACAUGAUCUUUGUGGCCCUGUCUUAUGUGUGAUCAAAUCAGUUCCUGUUAGUGGUUGUGAAUCACUCCAUCAAAUUAAGCUGGCACUUAAGGUUGUUAACUUGAAAAGCGGCCAAAUAAUGUACCCCCAUGCUAUUGGUGUUUUGUUCAAGAUGUGGGGCCCACACACAAGACAACUUGGGGUCAUCCUGCUUUCUCUCUCAUGUAUGUUGUCGGAAUGCUGCGAAUUUUAGAUGGGUGAGGGUCUCACCCUGCCCUCUGCCACUAUCAGCCCCACGGCCGCCUUGGUGUCCCCGUGCACAGCACACUCCUGCCCCUCGUGUUGGAGCACGCACGGCUGUCACACACUCCUGUGGGCGGAGGGCAGAGGAAACGCGGGCCUGGCCACGUCUUCCAGUUAGUGUCGUUCAGGAGACCGGAGGGCCCCUGUACUGAAGGUCGGUGAGAGACACAGACAUUUUGGACUGCAGAAAAUAUAAAUGCUGCUUUCAAAGCUUAGCUACAUUUCAUCUCCCUGUGGCUUUCGACACAAAUCUGGUGGAAGGAAGCGUGAUGAGUUGACAGCACUUACCUCCCUCUGCCCCACACUGUUCUUGGAGAGAAAUGCAUGAAUUAAUGGAAAAGCCAAAAGGCUGGGUUCAUCCUCUGGAGGGAGGGAAGGAAAGUGGAUGGCCAAGGACUCAGCCUUUGUCCCAGACUCUGGUCACCUUGCCAAAAACUUCUAAAUAUUUGUGAAUGUUCCAGAGGGAGGAUCAUCAGAGCCCAAAGCUUGGAUUUCCAAAGAAAGGUAUUGAAAUUUAUAUAGAUUGGUGCUGUAAAAUAUUUUGAUAAAUAUUAACUUAUUUUGUUGGGUUUUAGUUAUCUGCUGUCUUCUUGGGGCCUUGGAGCUGUUUACUUGAUGUUUCUGUUGUUUUUCCACAUCAGGAAAGAGGGGGUCCAGAAAUGAUGGAGGGGAGAUUUUUUUCCCCCACUACCUCUUUCUGGCUGAAAUUUGUGUGUUAGACAGCAUCUAAGAGAUUGUGUUUACAGUUGACAUUUCAGCUAUCAGCAUCUUUCAUUCUGUGAGCCAAAGGUGGGCUUCUUCCCCCUACAGUGUUGCACAGAACAAGUCCAUCCUGACAGGGGUGUCUCUGUCCUCGGCCCAAAUCCUGGGUGUACCGCGUGGGAGGCAGUUUCCCGGGCUCCUGGAGAAGCCCCGGUGGAGGCAGAGCCUCCCGCGUGGGAGAGGACAGGCAGUUUGGUGGGCCCCGCGCCUUUUUUGAAAAUAGCUUUUGUACAGUGGCUGAGUUUCUGAGUGUGAGGACAGUGAUGGAAGGAAGGGUGUGCGCAGGAAUUCCCACAGUGUGAGUGCGCUGCUGCUUACCGUACCCUUCGCCCCUGGCCCUCAAACCCACCCAGAGUGCCCGCCAGCUUCCCACCUCGUAACUCCAACCUUACCCCCACCCUCCAGAUAAGAAUAGGACUCUCAGUUUCAUGGCUUGGCCAAUAUUUUCCUACAUAGUCAGAAAUUCCACAUUUCUAGAGACACUCCCUUUGAGAGUAUUGUGUCUACUUGUAUCUGUGCCCCCGCACUGGGUACUCACAGUGGAAAGACCCACUUGUGGUGAGUAAGCCUCCCUUCCUGUCUCCGAUCACACCUGCUCUUCGUGCUUCCAUGAUCUGGUGAAAACCCACAAAGCAAACGGGAACCCCUGGGGCCGUCCCUGAAAAGCGAGAGGUAAGGGAAAGUCCAGGGUCCAGGGAAGCUGCUGCCCAGUGGGCAGGUGAGAAUGAGUCCCCUUCUAGAAGGGGCCUCACCUGUUCAUACCCCUUCAACCCAACUUUGACCAAUUUGUUUUCCCAAAAUGAGGGAAAGGAAUGAUGGAAGCAUCUUUCCCAGGCCAUUUCAGAAAGAACGCGAAACUUCGACUUCUGUCAGAGACAGGACAUCUCUCCCACCCCCACUUUGGGUUUUGUUCCAUUGAGUAUCCUGUGACAGUCUGAUGUGCUGAUGCGGUGGUCUGGACACCGGGGCCCCCUGCCUGCAGCGCGCCCCUGGGAGUCAACACACGGGUUUCCUGAGCCCCCGAGGCCUUGCCACACUCCCUCUGCACAUUGGGCACAGCCUGUUCAUCCCUGGAUGAAGCAUCCCACCCAGUGGACUGCUGCCACACGUUUGCUGAGCUUCAGACGGGUGGAAGGGGGUUACAUGGGGUCUUGUCCCUCUGCCCCCACCACUGAGGCAUUCAGAACUGACCAAGUUUUACCUUCAUGCACGGGAGGGCCUCUACCCUGACAGUGGAGACAGAACUGACUACAGGUGGGAAGCUGGUUCCUUAGGUGAGCAUGGACAUGCCUCAUAAACCCCACCACCCCCACCCCCAGCCAAGUGAGCUAAUGGGUACCUGAGGGCCUUGCCACAGGAAAACACCUGCUUGCGGUGCCCCAGGACCCAUACUUUCUGAUGCGCACAUCCCACUUGUACAUGUCUGUCAGCCAACUGUUAUGUUGAUACCUGAGAACCGCGUGAGGGUCUCCAUGGCAGGCCCGUCAUGGUGUGGCUGGGUGGAGAGGCGCGUUUACGGCUCACCCACACUCCUGGGCGUGGGGGUGUGAUGACAGCAGAAGCGUCAGCGUGAACAUCGGUGGAGCUAAAUCUGUGUUAUGUGUACUUGUUAUAUGUAAUUUAAAGUAUAUGAUUGCCAUCACAAUGAGGGUAUUGUACAUAAGACUCCUUUUGGAGAGAGAAGUAUUUUGUCAGAGUUCUGUCAACUUUUUUGGCAAUGAAAUGCUUUAUUGAUCCAGUGGCGUGAGAAGCUACAUUCCAUAUUUCAUCACGGCAAUUACGAUGUCGGAUGGAGUUUUCAGGCAAAAAAAAAAAAAAAAAAAAAAAGUCAACUUUCAUGUCUGCUAUACUCCCGAGUCUCCGGUGUCCCUCUGGUCACUAAGCAGCAGUGUUCUCUUCCACAAGGGAUAUGCACCCAGCCAGCGCCUCGGGGCACAGUUGACAGCAGCCCUCCAGCUCCCCCUGCACCUGCCUCGAUGGCCCUGAAAACCCCCAGGAUAUGAGACUGUGGCUGUGACGUCCAGGGGAUUCUCUCAGGGCCGAGCAUGUCCAGCAGGGCCGGGAAGCCGUGCUUGGAAGAUGCAUUCAGACUUUUAAGCUUAACAAAGUAUAUAAUUUUGUGUUUCUUGAUGAUAAACUUUUAAGCUUGGGACUUAUUUUCCCAUGAGAAGUUGUAUUAUAUAUUUAAGUUUCCUGCUUAAGUUGUGCCUUUCAAUGUCUGUGGGUUUAAGGAACACAAGGCUGAUGGUCCUAGCGAGGGUUGGUUCAUUGUCAAACCUGGAGAACUGUGGGGUCGCCAGUAAACUUUCUUCUACUGAACUUGAAGCCAUUUGUUAGAGGAGUUUUUUAUUAUGUAAAUUGUAUAGUAUCUUUUGCUUGUUUGAUGUUCUAUUUUUCUAAUAGUUUUCUUAUAGUUUCUUAAAAUUGUGAUACUAUGAUUCUGAUGCUAGAUUCAAAUCAGGUUGGUUUCUGCUGCUCCCUUCUGUUUUUAUUUUAUGGACAAGCAUCAAUAGUCUCCAUUGCCUUUAAAAAAAUGUGAAACUUCUGUAUUCCAUUUUUGAAGCUAACACUGUACAUUGACAACUUCCUACCAUACUUUAUGUUGUAAAAUCAAACUAUUUUGUGGUACAUCAUCUCAUGCUUCCGCAAAAUCUAAUAAAUUUGUCUGUG